AUCGAAAAAAGAAGACGAACAGGACCAGUGUUUUGGACGUAGUCCGUAUCGUGACGUCAUCAGCAGCAAGCGUUCUGUUGAAAUUUAUAACAACACCAAAUGUUGUCGUGUCAAGCUGCAGGAAUGGGUCAGUCGACAAGCCAUCAAAUGCAGCUUGCUGCGGAUUUUAAAACCGGAUCAGAUGCAUUCAGAAGUCUUGGGGCGGCUGUUCCUCUGGCUGUGGUUGAGGAGGUCUUACUGAAUCUGCCUGCAAAGGAAGUGGUACUGAUCUGUCGUUUGGUGUGUCAUGAGUGGAAGGAGCUGGUGGACAGUGCCGCACACUGGAGAGAGCGCUGUCGGAGAGAGGGGAUCGAGCUCCGCGAUGCGUCCAGACCACCAAACGACUGGCGCCUCUUCUACUUUCUGUCAAAGAAACGACGUAACCUGCUCAAAAAUCCCAGAGCUGAAGAGAAGUUACAUCGAUGGAAGCUGGUUGAGAAUGGUGGAAAUGGCUGGAAAAUAGAAGAGAAUUUUGCACCACUUCCAAAUGACACAAUUGACAAAUGUUUUGCCACCUCUUAUGGGAUGUGUCUAAAAGAACAGCUGAUUGAUUUGAAAAAAGAAGGCUACAGUCCUGCAUUUAUGGAUCACUUGCAGCCUGCUAUUAAAAUAUCAGACUGGUAUGCCCCACGCUGGGAUUGUGGAAGUUUUUACAAGAUCUGCGUAGAGCUGCUUGAUCAGAAGAAGAAACCCAUCAGGACAUUUGACCCUGACCCAGUUUAUUUUGAGCAGUGGAAUGAUCAACAGUGGUGUCCAAUGACACAUGUCUUCAAAGAUUAUGGACGUGGAGUUCAGUUUAUUCGUUUUACUCAUGGAGGGCAGGAUACACAGUACUGGGCAGGCUGGUAUGGAAUACGGGUUAUUAACAGUAGUGUAGAGAUCUGUCCAGCUGCAGAGAGAUGAUUUUUUUAUUCUCACUGUUAUAAAAUCUUCUGUUAUAUCUUAAAAAACACCUUAAAUAUACAGACCAGGGUUUUUCCUGGCUAAAAAUGAGGCUGAGGUGGUGCCUUCCUGAUCUUGUACACACACGCGUAGGCCUACCAUGUCUUUAAGUGGCUUAACCAAAGUGACUUUGAGUUUGACAUAUUAAAAGUUCUAAUAAAAUUAGAUAAAAAUGAUAAUUAUUAAGUUAUAUAAACAUUACUUUUAUUCAACCAAACAGAAAUGUUUUUUUAAUCAAAUAAAGCUUUUUUAUCAUUUCAACUAACUUUUCAGCCCACAAUAGCCAACUGAAUUAACAAUAAUAAUAGUCUUUCUAAAUGAUCAAAGCUCAUUCACAUCUUGCAUUCUCUGUGGUUCACUUUAAAUGAUUCAAGGAUCUCUUAUAUUCGCUAGUGACUGAAAAGUUCAAUAGUUUAAAUGAAUCGGUUCAAAUGAGUCAUUCGUGUGCGAGUCGUUCUGAACGUAAUGUGCGUUCAUACUGACGAACUCGCUGUGUACAGUAUACACUGAUUCAACGAUCCAACUGCACAGCUAAAGACAUUACAAUGAUGUACGUCAUGUUAAUUUAAAAAAUUUCAAGAAAUUAAACGUACUUUGAUGCAAAACAAACUUGUUCUGCAACUCUUUUUAGCGCCUCAGUGUGCUGAUAAUGAAACAGCGCCUCCACUGUGGAGUAAUGUCGCAACUGCAGUUACAAAUAACAGUCUGUUAAAUGCAUGCAGCAUUUCUUGUGAAGACUCGCAACAUAAUUUUGGCGAGAGCCUGAGGCGGCACGACAUUUGACGGAGGCGGCCGCCUCUAAUUUCUCUAUGCAGGAAAAACCCUGCAGACAUGCUCAAAUUUGUUAGUACCCCUCCACAAAAAACAAUUUUCUCUGAAAUAACUUGAAACUGACUAAAGUAAUUGGCAUCCACCAUUGUUUAUUCCAUAUUUAAUAGAAAUCAGACUUUGCUUUUGAUUUUUUUAUUCAACAUAAUAUUGUAAAUAAUAAAACAAAUGAAAAUGUCAUGGACAAAAAUGAUUGGAGCCCUAACCUAAUAUUUUGUUGCACAACCUUGAGAGGCAAUAACUGCAAGCAAACGUUUUCAUAGCUCUCAAUGAGACUUCUGCACCUGUUAACAGGUAGUUUGGCCCACUCUUCCUGAGCAAACUGCUCCAGCUGUCUCAGGUUUGAUGGGUGCCUUCUUCAGACUACAAGUUUCAGCUCUUUACAUAGAUGUUCGAUAGGAUUCAAGGGGAAGUUCACCCGAAAAUCAACUUUGUGUGAUUUUUUACUCAUCCACACGACGUUAAACAUGUUUAGAGAACUUCCGGCGUCUUCGGAGCACAAAUAGAGAUAUUUAGGUGACAUCCGAGAGAUUUCCAGGCCUGUCUUGUCAGUGUAUGGCGCGCGUUCACGAGAGCACUUCUUCUUUCCAACCAGGAUUAGGUGCUUCUAGACCAUCUUGUUUUUCACAUAUCAUUUCCCUCUGAUUUUAGGGGUAAGUUAUGGUUAGGGUUGGAGUUUGGUGUGGGUUUAGGUUUUAUUUAUAAAAAUGUUGUCCUUAGGUCAACAAAAUAUGUUGCCCUGAGGACAUCAACCACUUGGCAAAAUCAGGUCAAGCUGGGGUUUGCCCCUAUUGGACGCCGGCGCGCUGACUCACAACGCGGAAGCGCAACUCUGUUUACAUGCAGACGUACGCUGUAUAUGCCAUUGAGUUCGACACUGAUUAUGCAGUAGGUCUAGGUGUAGUGUACGAAAUGGUGCUAAAAGGUUCCUUUCCAGGAUGCUCGAACCGCGCGAAAAAAACGUAAAAGUGAAUUACCUAUGUCGAAACAUGAAAGGCUUACUUUUCACAUAUUCUCGUUACAUGAUCCUGAGCGCCUGAAACUAUGGCUGCUGGCUAUCCGGCAGGACGUGGAUUUACCGAUUCAAUACAUAAAGCAAACGAAGCAGCAAUUGCAAAGCAUGUGUCAAGGUUUCCAAAGUAGACUGUUACAAACUAUUUGUUGGUUUUACGAUGUUUCUUUUGGUGAUAUGCUAGCAGCACAUGCACUUUACGUGUUCUUAGUAAAUAGUAUAUGUGCUUAGAAGACAUGACUUUUUUUUUCCAAAGAGGAAUAUAAGGAAAAGAUGCACAAACACUAUUAUUAUUACAUGUGCGAUGUAAAAACACUAUUGGUAGGGUAGGAUAUAUAAUUGAUGUAUACAAAAGAGUUUUUGUUUUGUGUUUAUGUUGAUUUUAUUACAAACAGUUGAAGUAAUAACAAUAUGUAAAACAUUUUUGUUGAAAAUAUGUAUAAUAGUAAUUAUGUCAAUUACAUUUUUUACAACAAUUGGGUAUUAUUUAGCCUUCCUUUAUUUAAAAUUGUUCCAAAAGAAUCUUCAGCUUCUUUGAAACCCACAUUGGUUCCUGAUGAGGAUGGGUAUUUUUCUGUAUGGCAUGCACAACACAUGACGAUAGAACUACCUAGUUUUUGUCCUUUGAGUAUCCACUCCAGGACAACCCAGUACCACACCAGUCUGCACUGACUGUAAACAGAAAAUAGAUGCAUAGUGAAAUAGCUAUGUUGCACGUGUAAAAACUCAUUACUAUAUACUUUGCUACUUACUCGACAGAAAGUGUGCCUGCAACGUGUGAAAUGCAACGUCCAACACACUGCGGCUUAGCAGGGGCGAAAAGCCGGGAUCAUCUGUUAAGACAGCGUAAUUCAUCUGUCGUCUCAUCAUUUGAACCAUCCACACUUUCGAGCUGUGGCAUGGCUACUGUAUAUCCCAGUCGAUGCAGCACAAGCUCUCCCAUUUCCGUAGGCAUUGCUAGGCAUUUCACGAGUUCACCUGCGCAGAUAACAGCGGUGUUGCAGGGAUAAUAAUGAUAGAGCAUGGGUAUGAAGGUUAUGGGUAUUUAGCAUGCUGUCUAGAAAGCGGGCUCCGAGCUUGCCGGAUCUAUCCGAACUCGGAGCACUCUACCCUGGCCAGGGCAAGUGCGCCGAGCUCGGAACCGGCUCGAGCCCAGAGCACACCCCCUGGGGUCCUGCGGGAGAAUGAUCUUUGUGAGAGGAGCCGGGGUGGAGGAGAGAUGCUGAUCUGAAGAGAUGAAGUAGGUAAGAUGUUUUUUUCUAUUUAUACGAGAACUCACUUGAGCUGAUAGGGUAGAUGCGGUGAUUGCUGAUGGUAGACCAGCCGGGCUGAUUAUAUGCUCCGGUUCCUCCCGAACUUUGUUAAUUAUACAUAAUUUACCACAUUUCCACCACCAGAUAUCCAUAGCUCUUUUUCUUGUAGAAACUAGUGGCUGUGGUUGUGUCCAGUGUUGGGUAAGUUACUCUCAAAAAGUAAUUAAUUACUAGUUACUAAUUACAUAUUCAAUAGUGUAAUUAGAUUACUGUACAAAUUACUCUCUCCAAAAUGUAUUUAGUUACUUAUUACUAAUUACUUUCUAUAUCCUACAUCAACCUUGAUUAGUUAAGUGAUUCAAGGAUAGACAUGAAAGGGCUCUUUUAAUUCAUUUAAAUAAAUAAUAUUAAACUACAUAAAGUACUCUUAUUAACUGACCAAAGUAUUACAAAUGUGAGAAUAAUACAUUAAAGCACGGAUUUUAAAGUUAGACUUUGAAUUUUGAUGUCAAUUGCACUAUUGCACACACAUAUAUUACACAAAGUAUUUAGUUUAAUUACAUCAAAAGUAACUGUAAUUAAAUUACAGAAAAAAAUAAGAGUAAUCCCUUACUUUACUUUUUCAAGGGAAAAGUAAUUAAAUUACAGUAACUAAUGACUUAGUAACUAGUUACACCCAACACUGGUUGUGUCACAUCUUCUUCCCUAUCUCUUAGUUCGUCUUAUGUAUAUUCUGGUUCGAAUAAGUACGGUUGGGUAAAAAAGUGCAAGUCUUCCUCAAUAUUGAAAUCAUCAGACAUUUUGCGAAGAUCAGCUUAUAUACUGCGUCCAAUAGGGGCAAGCCCCAUGCGGCGUUCGGCGCACAAACCUAAUACGCAUGCGUCAAAGUGCUCUCAUCCAAGAAGAAGACAAAGAAGAAGUGUUCUCGUGAACGCGUGCCAUACACAAUAUAUUAAUAUAUCGAAUAAAGUCGGUAUUUUGGUUUGUUUUUCGCACAUAAAGCAUUCUCGUCGCUUAAAAAAAAUUCAAUUGAGCCACUAUGCGCGGAUGGACCAAUUUAACGAUGUCUUUAGUACUUUUCUGGACCUUGGCAAAAACUGACACCAUGAUGUCUAUGAGGAGGCCUGGAAAUCUCUCAGAUGUCACCUAAAUAUCUUUAUUUGUGCUCCGAAGACGCCGGAAGUUCUCUAAACAUGUUUGAUGUCAUGUGGGUGAGUAAAAAAAUCACACAAAGUAGAUUUUUGCGUGACCUUCCCUUUUCAGAUCAGGACUCAUAGAAGGCACUUCAGAAUAGUCCAAUGUUUUGUUCUUAUCCAUUCCGGCUGACAGUGCAUCGUCUGCAGCCAGACCCUUGUAGAACAACCCUGAUAUUAAAGGGGUGUCCAUUUUUGACCGUGAGAUUAGAAUUUCACAACUGGCGGACGACACAACUCUGUUUUUAAGAAAUACAAAUCAAGUGGAUUAGGCUCUUGAGAUUAUCAAUGUUUUUGGCUUCUGGUCUAAAACUAAAACAAAAAAUAGUUUUUUUGUUUAUUUGAUACCUUUGAAACUUCGGUGAAUAAUAUACCCAAAGAUGUUGUGAAAGAUCUAUGUAUCUAUAUCUCCAAAAAAGACUCUGUUAGACAAGAAAACAUAUAAAAAUAAAUUAAAAAAGCACAAACUAAGAUUCAGCAAUUGGCUUCAAACAGAUUUAUCUUUUAUAGGAAGAGUUCUCUUAAAUAAAAGCAGAAGGUUUUCCCGGUUUAUAUAUCCAUCUUUCUCAUUAUUUGUCCAUGAUAAUACUUGCAAACAAAUUAUACGUUUUUUUUAAAGAAACAUCAGUAUUUAAAAAAAACAAGUCUUUCCCGGUUGUCCAUAAAGAAUUUCUUACAAUGGUUAAAGCUAUACCAAAUGGUCUUGUUCAGCUAAUGAGAUGGCAUUUAUUAUUUGAAGAGAUUGUAAAAAGUGAACAGAAAUUUUUGGUUGAAGACAAUUGUUUGACCCAAAAUUUUGUAAUGAAAUGAUAAGAAUGUGUUCCAUUGAAGAAAACAAAUCGCCCCCAGGAGAUUUUUUUCCCCUUGUCAAGUGAUUUUUGAUGUGACCCGACAAAAUUCCUUAUUUCCAAAUUUGUCUUAGACUUUAAUUUAACAAUGUGUGAUGAACAAGUGCCCUCCAUAUUGACACCGUUGGUAAAUAUGAGCAAAGGCGGCUGUAAAAAUAAAUCUGCAUUGUUUCUCGUUACAGGGCACUGUACUAUGUUAUUUCUCCCAUUGUAAUCAUAAUUUGGUAUAUUUAGGGAAUGUUUUUGUUUUAUUGGCCAAACAUUUUAUUUAUAAAUGCAAAUGUUCUUUAAUAAUUCCCAAAGUAAAUAUUUUAUAUGACUUUAAAUACUCUAUAAAGACAUUUGACAGUAAAAAAUGUCAAGAUUGUAAAACUGUACCAUGACCUAAUGAAUGUGACAAAAUUUUGAUUGUGCCUCUGUAAUUUUUUCUUCUUUCCUUUAU